AUGGCCUCAGCCCACCAACAUCACCGCUACGCCCUUCCCCCGCCAAACCAGAACGACUUCCGCCUCCCAUCCCUCAAGGACCUCAACUUCACCUACCAGUCACCCACAGGCCAGCCCGAUCAGCAGCAACAGCAGCAGCAGGACCACCAGCAGCAGCAAAGACAGCACCCAGCAUGGUCUCGCGCCCCACCCGCACAGCAGCAGCCCCCACCCGCCCCCCACCAGCAGCACACUCCCCCGCUGUCGGCUGGCCACGACGUCGCAACAAAGGUCGACUAUUCAAAACACGAAAAUGGCGGAUAUGCGCACCCGGGCAUCCCCCUCUCAGCCCAGGCCACUCCCGUGCCAGUGAAUAUCGGGGCACCGCGCAGCGAGGACAUCGCCCCGUCGCCCAGCCAGCCAAAACGGUCGCGGAACGCCUCAGCGAACAUGGGUGCACCCCGUGAGGUCCGCGCGUCUCAUCCGGCAUAUCCUCCUCCCCAUUAUGCAUCUUAUCCGCCAUCUCAGCCUCCUCAGCCGCCGGCCCAGUACCACCAAAUCCCGUCGGGGAUGUCUGCACCAUCGACUCAAGCUCCGCAGCCAGCACCCGCCCCGGCUCCGGCCCCGCCACCCCCGCCGGCCCACGGGCAGAUGCAGCACCACCCGAUUCCCGUGUCUGCACACCCAGGGUACGCGCCGUAUCAGCACCAGUACAUGCAGCCCCGCCAACCCGUAGUGCAUCAGCAUCCAGCCCAUCAGCCACAACAAAACCAUUCCAACCCUUACCCCUCUCCCGGUCCGCCUCCCUCCGCUCCUCCUCCGCAAGGGCCCUGGGGACAGACACAUCCCCAGCCUCAGCAUCCCCCUCAACCCCCGCCUCAACAGCAGCACCAACAACAGCAACCCCCUCCACAACCCCAGCCACCACCACAACAACAUGUCCAGCACUAUCAACAACCUCCAGCACAAAUGCCCUCGAAUCAACCUCCUCCACCUCAUAUGAUCCAGCAACAUCAUCAACAGCCCCCUCCACCGCCUCCUACUCCUCAGCAACAUCCGCAACAGCAACCCCAGCAGCAGCCACCACCACCGCAGCAGCAACACCCUCAGCAUUAUCAACAGCAACCGCAGCAGCAACCCUUGUCAUUUCCUUCACGAACUACUGCUAUCGUACCCACUAAUCUCGAAACCCGGCCCACGACUUAUCAUGAACCGGAACGCGUUCCCUCUGCCCGCAAUGACCCAAUGGCUGAAAUCACUAAUCACUGCAUUAUCCUGCAUAGCUUCGCGAGUCGAUACGCCCAGCUGCAAGGCACGAUGCCGGGGGUCCAGCCGAGUGCGCCGGAGCUGGAGGAGAUGUCCCAACGCGCCGUGGCGGUUGUGCGCCUGCUGGAAGAGCUUCGGAGGAUGCAACUGCCAGAAGGAGACCGCGGGGCGCCUGUGGGGGCUGGUGCCGUCCCCGGUGGUGGGGACACGAUGCAGCAAUCGCCUGACGACCAUAGGCCGCCCAAGAGGCCUUGGGAAGACAUCUCGCAGGACGAGGGCGGCGCUGGGACGCAGGCUGGUGGUGUUACAGAGGUCAAUGGCUUCGCGGAGCAAUAUGCGCCAAACGGGGACGCGUCAACGGUCCCACAGUCGACGGCGGAACAGGACAUGGAGAUCAUCCGCACGAAGCGCGCGACGAGCACGGCCGUAGCUGCUGGGUCUGCAGGCCAGCCGAAGAGCAAGUACAGGAAAAGAAGUCGCGCCACACCACCGGGCAAGUGCCAUUCGUGUAACAUUAGGGAGACGCCAGAGUGGAGGAGAGGGCCGGAUGGAGCGAGGACGUUGUGUAAUGCGUGUGGUCUACACUACGCGAAGCUCAUGCGGAAACGCGACAAAGCCAACGCGAACGGCGAAGCACCGCACAUCGACCUCGAGACACUGCGCGCCUCCGCCCGCGCAGCCGACAUUGCAGAGAAAGCCUCCCGCGCGAAGCAGGGGUCGCGAGCCAACGGCACGUCCAACACACAAGCCCAAGGCGGUGACGGGGAUUCGUCGAUGGCCGAUGGAGUGAAGCCGGCACCCACAGGGCAGCAGCACUCGUUCCAGCUGGUGAAUAUGAUGGCGCCGAUGCCGCAGGAGCAGCAGGCGGUGGGUGGGUCGGCGUCGGUCGGGGUGAUGGACGUGGGGAUUGGUGGGGCGGUGAAUGGGAGCAUGGCGAAUAGGGGAGGAGGGCAGCAGCAGUCUCAGCCACAACAGCAGCAGCAGCAGCCACCACCACCGCAACAACCACAACAGCAGCCACAGCAGCAGUCUCAGCCUCCACCACAGCAGCAGCAGCAACCGCAACAUCAGCCUAUGCACUCCCACCCUCCACCUGUGACGGCUCUCGCCCCUCCUCCGCCGUGGUCGCGGGGGUAUACACAACCAGAGCAUAUGCAGCACCAGUCGUUCAUGCGUGGGUCUGCGACUCAGCCACGAUGA